AUGGGCCCGGACCUUGGGACGACCACCACCGGGUGGAGGCCGGGAUCGGGCCGGGCCCGGGCCCAGGGGGCGGGAGCGGGCCGGAGCCGGAAGGGAGGCCGGGCCUUCACCGCAUCCAGGCCCACGCCUCGCCCGGGGCCCAGGCGCUUGCUCCAAAGCACUGGCCGGGUCCUCCCGGGCCCGGCCCUGCUGGACGGACCCGAGGAGGAGGAGGAGGACGGGGCCAGCCACAUCUUCUUCGAGCCCAGUCUCUACCACUGCCUGGAGAACUGCGGCUCCGUCCUGCUCUCUGUGGCCUGCCAAGGUGGGGAGGGAAACAGCACCUUCUACGUGGACUACCGGACCGAGGACGGCUCGGCUAAGGCCGGCUCCGACUACGAGUACAGGCCGGGGGGGUGGGAGAGAGAGAAGGGAGCGGGGAGGGGAGCCUGCACCCCUGGCUCUCUUAACCGGCUCCGUCCCUCCCCCGCCGUCGGCCCCCAGGUGUGGGAAGCCCUCCUCACGCUGGUGUUCUUCCCCGUCUGUGUGGUCUUCGCCUGGAUGGCCGACAAGCGCCUGCUCUUCUACAAGUACGUUUAUAAGCGCUACCGGGCCGACCCCCGAAGCGGGGUCAUCAUCGGGGCCGAGGGCGACUACCCCAAGGGCAUCGAGAUGGACGGCACCUUCGUGGGGCCCGACCACCACCGGGUGGAGGCCGGGAUCGGGCCGGGCCCGAGCCCCGAAGACCGGGAGCUGGACGAGAGCCGGAAGGAGGUGAUCCAGAUCCUCAAAGACCUGAAGCAGAAGCACCCCGAUAAAGGCCUGGACCAGCUGGUGGGCAUGGCCAACUACUACGCCCUCCUGCAUCAGCAGAAGAGCCGGGCCUUCUACCGCAUCCAGGCCACGCGCCUCAUGACCGGGGCGGGCAACGUGCUCCGCAAGCACGUGGCUGAUGCCUCCCGGAAGCCGGCCCUGCUGGACGGACCCGAGGAGGAGGAGGAGGACGGGGCCAGCCACAUCUUCUUCGAGCCCAGUCUCUACCACUGCCUGGAGAACUGCGGCUCCGUCCUGCUCUCUGUGGCCUGCCAAGGUGGGGAGGGAAACAGCACCUUCUACGUGGACUACCGGACCGAGGACGGCUCGGCUAAGGCCGGCUCCGACUACGAGUACAGUGAGGGUACGCUGGUUUUCAAGCCCGGGGAGACCCAGAAGGAGCUGCGCAUCGGGAUCAUCGACGACGACAUCUUCGAAGAAGACGAGCAUUUCUUCGUCCGGCUGAUGAACCUGCGGGUGGGGGACGCCCAGGGCAUGUUCGAGCCCGACGGUGGUGGGAGGCCCAAGGGCCGGCUCGUGUCCCCCGCGCUCGCCACUGUCACCAUCCUGGACGACGACCACGCGGGCAUCUUCACGUUCCAGGACCGGCGGCUGCACGUCAGCGAGUGCAUGGGCACUGUGGACGUCCGGGUGAUCCGCAGCUCUGGCGCGCGGGGCACCGUCCGCCUGCCCUAUCGCACCGUGGAGGGCACGGCUCGCGGCGGGGGCGUCCAUUACGAGGACGCCUGUGGGGAGCUUGAGUUCGGAGACGACGAGACCAUGUGAGGGGCCGGGAGUGAGGGGAGAGG